UUCUCCCCGCUGGCCGGACGGGGCACAAUAUGCCCGGGCCAUGCUGAAAGCCGUCCCCAGGGACGAGAAGGAGGCGAUCCCUGGGAUCAACUCCUUUAAUGCCGACCGGGUGCUGGUCGACCUGGCCGACGCUAUGCUGCGCGUAGAGGGGCUCAAACGAGCUUAUACCCGCAAGUCUGAGGAGGCGGAGAAGACCAAAGCCCUCCAACAGCAGAUUGAUCAGCUGAAAAACCAAGUUGACCAACUGCAGGCGUCCCUGGAUGAUGCCAAUAAAAAGUUGGAGGAACAGACAGAGCCCCUCCAACGGCUGAGCAAGGCGGAGACUGAAAAUGGCCGCCUUGCCAAAGAGAAUGAGCGCCUGCGCAAAGAGGCGGCUGCUGCCAAUGAGAAAUUCAAGGUCAUCGAUGUUCUUCACCCUGGUUGUGCUAACGUUAUCAAAGUUUGA